AUGUCUUCACAGAGCGCUAAAGUAGUUAAGGUGACUCCUCUGGAAGACUCAGAUGCCAAAUGGGUCGGUUUACGCGCGAUCGAGUGGGUUGACCCUACGGGCAAGCAACGCAAGUGGGAGUCUGCGGACCGCAAGACGCGCAAAGGCGACGUCGACGCUGUUGCAAUCAUGACCAUCAUUCACCGUCCCUCGCACGAACCACAUCUGUUGCUCAUCUCGCAAUAUCGACCACCUGUGGGCAAGAGUUGCAUCGAGAUGCCUGCUGGUCUCAUCGACGCUGGUGAGGAAGGCGACGAGGGGACCAAUCGUGCAGCACUGCGAGAGUUGGAAGAGGAAACUGGCUAUGGAACGGAAAAGGAAGGCGGCAAGGUCAAGAUCGAAGAGACGACUCCGGCCAUGCACAACGAUCCUGGUCUCACCGGCGCCAACAUGAAGCUGGUGGUGGUCAACAUUGAAUUGAGCGAUGAUGCGGCUGAGCCAGUGGCCAAGCCUGAGGAGGGAGAAUUCAUCGAAAAGUACUUGGUGCCUGUUAAAGGGCUUUAUCAGAGUCUUAAGGAUUUUCAAUCUAGAGGCUUCGCUGUCGACGCCCGUCUAGCACAUCUGGCCAUCGGCCUUGAAGUGGGUGCUGGAAACAUGGGCCGUUUGUAG